AUGCAUACACGGAUGAGAGAAUCCUUCAAAAGCAACCCUAUCCACCUCAACCACAUCAUCCCGUUAGACUUCAAGGCCGUCCUCAAAUUACCAGACUCUCACACGUGGAAACUAUCCACAGACCACCGACAAACCGACCCAUUUGCCGCAGAGUCCGUGCCCGUCAUAGACCUUGCCGACCCGAAUGUGGUGUUGCUCACACGACAUGCCUGCGAGCAAUGGGGUGUGUUUCAAGUCACCAACCAUGGCAUUCCCGUUGACCUCCUUAUAGAGCUAGAGUUUCAAACGCGGCGUUUAUUCUCUCUCCCGUUGGACCAAAAACUCCGUGCCGUCCGAUCACCGGAGGCCUUUACCGGCUACGGCCUGGCCCGCAUUUCUACCUUCUUUCCCAAGCUAAUGUGGUCGGAGGGCUUCUCAAUAAUGGGGUCUCCAAUGGAACAUGCUUGCCAACUUUGGCCACAUGACCACACAAGAUUCUGUGAUGUAAUGGAAGAGUAUCAAAGGGAAAUCAAGGACAUGACAGAAAGGAUUCUAGGUCUGAUGCUUCGAUCAUUGGGCUUAACCCCUGAUGAUGUGAGAUGGUUUAAGCCUAAAGAUGGGAGCAAACAUUCCCAAGCCCUGCUCCAUUUAAACUCAUACCCAGUCUGUCCUGACCCGGGCCAAGCCAUGGGCUUGGCUCCUCACACAGACUCAUCCUUGCUCACUUUGCUGUACCAAAGCGGCACCGACGGUCUCCAAGUCCUUAGAGACAACGUUGGGUGGGUGCCGGUGCAUCCGAUAACCGGUGCACUCGUUGUCAACAUUGGUGACCUAAUGCACAUACUCUCCAACGGCCUGUUCAAGAGUGCAAUGCAUCAAGUGCUUGUCAACAAUACACAUCAUCGUUUCUCAACCGCUUACUUCUACGGUCCACCAGGUGAUGUGAACAUAUCACCGUCCACGAAGUUGACCGACCACAAACGUCCACCUCUCUAUCGCCCAGUGACAUGGAAGGAAUAUCUUGAUGCCAAGGCAGUGCAUUUCAACAAGGCACUUGACUUGAUACGAAAUGAAGUACAUAUUGCCAAUAGAUGAACACCAAGAAUAGCAAGUGGAAAUUUUCUUUGACCUAAAUGUAGAGGAAUGUUCCACUUUUAAACUCUUCAAUCUCAACUCGAAAUUUUAUUUGGGACUAUAUGGUAUAGCUUGAGGA